AGUAUGUCAGGGAGUGAGAGAGCCAACAGGACAGAGGAUGCUGGAUGGAGGUGAUGCGCACUGAGCAGCUCGCUAUAAGGCUCCUGCUUUUGCUAACAGCACAUCAUAAGGAUGAAGUGAGUUUUUUGCGUCACGUUAAAGCGAUGGAUUCCCCUUCUCUUUCUCACCUUUUUCGCACGUUGUUGAAUUCUGAAAGACGGAGGUAAUAUCUAAGGAGUUGUUUGCGUAAUUCCCAGUCGGUGGAUAACAUCAGAAUAGAGAGGUUUCACGUCUCAAGAGGCUGUUAAAUCGGUUGGAAAUGUCCGACUUCCACAACCGGAGCCAUACGAGCGCGCGUCGCAAUGACUACGUGUGGCAGUAUGAAUAUUACGACGACGAAGAGCCCGUGUCUUUUGAGGGUCUCAGAGCGCACAGAUACUCAAUCGUCAUUGGCUUCUGGGUUGGACUUGCUGUCUUCGUCAUUUUCAUGUUCUUUGUUCUGACACUGCUCACAAAGACAGGAGCACCCCAUCAAGAUAACCCAGAAUCUGCUGAAAAGCGGCAUCGACCAGGGAGCUGUCUGGUAGACAUUGAUGGCCCCCAAGACGAAAAUGACAAAGCCUUCUCUCGUCCAUUGUUACCAGAGUCCCGCUCUUACUUCCAUUUCUACAUUAACGAAGAGGAUCAAGGCCACAGGAAGCAGAAACCAGAGGAAAAGACAGUUAGUAAGCAGCAGGAGUCCUGCAACCGGCCCAGGGGUAUCAGCUCUUCAGGGAUGGACGAGAUGGAGGAUGAUAUGGAGGAAGCUGGCAGACACCAACCUUUAAGUGGACUAAUAGAGGAGGGUAAAGUGGACAGAGAAAGUGCCUUUUUCUCCCAAUUCAACAUCCCUAACUUUGUGAACUUGGAUCACAGUUCAAACCUCGGCGAGGAUGACCUUCUGUACGAAUCGUCUGCCAUACUGGAACACCACUCUCACUCACAGGGCGCUCACUGUGACAUCCACUAAGGCUGUUUCUGCUAAUACAUCACAGGCAUGGACAUUGUGGUAUUGUACAGUUAUUACUCUCCUUUUCCACUGGGCCAUUUGUGACUCAAUAGGGGGAAUCACAUUCAACAUCUCUCUUUUGUCCUGUAAAGCAACCCUUCAAUAGCCUUUUCAACAAGCAUACGUUUUUAUCAAGCAAGAGAACACAAAGGAUGACCCACAAUUCAAUAAUAAGCUCAACUCCCUGUAUGAGAUGACAUUUCUUCAUGAAGAUAAAAUUGCCCCAGAAAUUGCAGCUUUUACUGUGAGUACGAGGCUCCUCUCUAUUGGAGGGAGCUGUACUGUGCCUGCAUUAGGGAAAUGGGAGGACAGUGAAGUCAGCAGGGAGACAUACUUACCUCCAGUUCAUUCUUCACUUAUUGCUGUGCUGUUUCUUCUGCAGUGAUUUUAAACGAAUGCUGUAUCUCUAGCAGAAAACAGAUGCCAAAAGUAUGAAAUUUCAUAAUAGUAUAUUGUUCUUUCACCACAUUCACACAGUGGCCAUUUUCAGUCAUAGGAUGUGGCUCUUAAGGUUGUAAGCAGGAAAUGUAAUAAAUCUGACUGUAAAGCCUGAUUUAUACUUCUGCGUCGAAUCGACGGCAUAGCCUACGCCGGGGGUCUGCGUAGCUCCCGUACCUACGCAGAGGCCUACGCACGUAGCUGACGUGCACCUCCUCCAAAAUGUUACUAGGCGUAGAAUUGACACGGACCGUAAGCCCUGAAAUUGGUCCGCUCAGCAGCAUUGUGUUUCCCGCAUUUACAGGACUUCCGGGAUCCCGGACAUCGGCCGCACAUCGGCCGUGUAUUUCAUCUCCUCCCCUCUAUUCUUCAUGUAAUCAUGUCUGUAUGAUAAACAGCAACAUGUAUCAGCUGUAGAUUAACAUAACACGCUCUGAAUCUCUGUGGAAAAGUAAACAGAGAUCGUAACGGGGCUGGAAGCAGGCGGCCGGCUAUCAGAGAGACCGCACUGCCCUCAAGCGUUUCGGCGGAGAAGUGCUGCGUGUCACGGACAUAUCGACGCACAAGUAUGUGGUGCUCAUGUCCGCGUCAGCCCCUGCUGCGUAGGGGAGACGCAGAAGUAUAAAUCAGCCUUAACUCUUUCAUUCAUUUCUGAUAAAUGAGCAACUGAGAGACGAUAGAUUAUGAAAAACUAAAGAGAUAAUCUGGCAUAUUUCAAGUUAAACAAUCCACUUGAUAAUGCAAAACUAAGAUUAGCAUACAAACAUUCCUCCUGUUGAUCCCAGGCCCCCACGACAUGAUACGCAAGGAAGACACGUUUUUCUAGCCAAUAUUACCGUUAGCUACUUCAGCAUUAACUUUUCAAUUUAGCAGACAAGUAAGUUUGCCAAAUUUCUAGUGGAUGACAGGGGAUUAUUUCUUGCUAGCAUUAUCAUGAGCAAAAAAUGUAUCCUCUCCUCAUGCUUAAAUGCUACAAUAUCAAACAGUAGUAUAAGCUGUUGGCAAAUAGCAGCUAAUGGAUGAUAUUUUUGCUUAACAUUUUGCCUCUUUGGAUUUUUGCUAAACAUUGUCUUUUAAGUUGUCGCUCAAUUAUGAUCAAGUUGAUGAUUCUAAUUUUUCAGAUUCCCUGUGAUGAUGUGGUUUGAAAACCUGGAACACAGCAGUACAACACUGUAAAUGCAUUUCCAACUCUUAACUGUGAUAACUGAGGAAAAUGACUGCAACUAUGGUGAAGUGGAGCUUUGACAUGUACUUGAACCAUGUAAUUAGUUGCAGAAUAUCAAACAUGUUACAGGGCAGGUAAUGUGAGCUGGUAAUGUGAUACUAUAAUUUUGUAGACAGAGUUCACUUUAGAUUAGAUUGUCUUAAUUGUUCAAAUAAAACCCAAAGGGUUUUGGAAUUCAACUGAGAA